UGACGCCGUAACCGACAGACACAGCCGGGCGCCACGUUCCACCCUCUCUCCAAGAAGCACACACCGCCGGACGGAGUCUGUGUGCGGGCGUCGUGCAGUGCGAGAAGCGAUUCAGCGUAAACCCAAUGCACUUUCAUGCUGGCGCCGUGCAAAAAGUUGACCACAGAAAUUAAGUAGCGUAAGGUAAUACCCGAAUGGUUGCCGUACAAAGCGGCCAGUAGGUCAGGCCCCCAGGAAGCUGCUAAGCGUGCAAGUGUACCGGUGUGUGGGUGCGGAUUUCAGUGCGAGUGUUAGUUAGUGUGAGUGUGGAACAGGAUCUGCGGGAGCUGCUGCUACGUGCCUCAAUGAGAAUUUUGUUAGGAUAACUAAAACGCGCUCCGGUGUCGUCGCUCUGAGUGGAGUGGAGUGGAGUGGACUGUAGAGUGGGUGUCGUCGGUGUGUGUGUGUGUGUGUGUGUGUGUGCCGGGAAAGUAGUGAGAGCUGAGCAGCGAAUAACGAAAAAUCCAUUUGCCGCAAAUUGAGGAAACACCGCGAGCAACGUGCAACAACAUGUGUAAACGCUAACGAGCGCGUAAACGUGGCAAGUGCCCCAGCAACAGCUACAGCGACAGCUUCAGCUCCACCUCCAGGGGCAGCUACAGCGACAGCGACAGCGACAGCACUCGUCGUCAAGUGAAAGAACAUUUUGAUUGAUUUUGAUUGACAUGCCACUCAGAGGGCGGAACACCCACCAAGCGACAGCAUACCCAAAAUGGGGGAAAAAUAUUAAAAAAUAACACACAAACAGGGAACCCGUUGAAAGUUGGCCAAGACAAACACUUGCCAGCAAAAAUAUAACGAAAAAUGUUAUUUGUAACACUUUCCGGUACACACAACAACAAAAUACUGAAAUAAUUGCCUCAAGGGCUGUCAGCGAAAGUGCCACUAAAACAGGAAAAAAUUCUAUUCAAUGCCCAGAAACAAAAUGCAAUCAAAUCGGCGCCCAUAAAAACCGCAUAAAAAAAAGCACAAACGCAAACAAAAUAUAAUAAAAAUCCACAGAAUCAGUCGGGCUAAUCAGCUACAACAACAGCAACAAAUUGUGGUUGGUGUCUCUCAGUUAGAUUUUUUUCGAUGGCCUCCACAUUAUAUCAGUGUCUCGGUGUAAUAAAUAUAUACGUGCAUUCUCAUAUGUAUAGAUAUUGGAGUGGCUCCUGCUUGGCAUAUAGAAAAGGAUAAAAUAUUCCGGCAUCCGGUUGAUCGCAUCAAGGGAAAACUUUCUUUGGACAUUUUCGGUUUCUGGCGGACAUUUAAGCCGUGGAUGAUUAAAACGAUAAAAAGAUCUUCUUCAACUGAAGCUCAACUCUAGAAAGUGACAGCGACAGCGACACGAACAGGAACAGGAACAGGAAAGGGAAAUGCAUUACAUUAUAAUUUGGUUAAGGACAAAACAAGCCUUUCGCUAGCAGCAGUGAAACAACGUUGCCAUCGGAGACAGGCUCAAAGGAAAAUAGAAGGGGGAGAACGAACUGAAAGCCGAAAGCAGAAAGGCGCAAAACAGACAGAAGAAAGGAGAAACCACAAGACAGAAGCCAGAAAGCAGAAAGCCGCACGAGGCGACAAUAGCGAAAGGCAUUGCCUACUUCUGGGCGCUGUCAGGGGAAAAAAUCAAGAGGCUGGCGUGAAAUUUGUAUGAAAUUAAUACAAAAAGGCAAGGAGUACAAGGAGUACAAGAAGUAGAAGUGGCAGCCAUGACAAAAGUGACAAGGACAGGACAAUGAUGAGCAUCACUCUGAUUAUAAUGGCGGCCCAGCCACAAUGCGGGCCAUGCAACAGAGCGGCGACACUCGUCGAGUAGAGCGAGUGAGUGAGCGACGGAGUGGCUGGAGGACGUGACAAGAGUCCGAUCAGCCCUAUACUAAAGCAACUGCGACAGAGUGGAACUUCCAUUCCAUACUUUGACGGGCGCCUAAGCGGCACAGAAAACAGAAAACACUUGAAAAUACCUCAAGAAAUUGAAGCCUAACAGAAGCGAAAGAGGGAACGAAAAUGUCUGCUCCUUUGGUGGCUCUGCUGCUAGUCCUGCCACUGGUGAGCAUCAUCGCCGGUUGCCCGCCGGAGGUUUGCAUCUGCAAGUGGAAGGGCGGCAAGCAGACCGUGGAGUGCGGUGGCCAGCAGCUGGCCAACAUUCCGGAGGGCAUGGAUCCGGGGACACAAGUGCUGAACUUCAGUGGCAACUCGCUGCAGGUGCUGCAGUCGGAGCGUUUCCUGCGCAUGGAUCUGCUGAACCUGCAGAAGAUCUAUCUGUCCCGCAAUCAGCUGAUACGCAUACACGAGAAGGCAUUCCGAGGGCUGACGAAUCUCGUGGAGUUGGACCUGAGUGAGAACGCGCUGCAGCAUGUGCCGAGCGAGACGUUCCAGGACUACAGCUCCCUGAUGCGCCUCUCGCUGAGCGGGAAUCCCAUCAGGGAGCUGAAGACCUCGGCCUUCCGCCAUUUGUCCUUCCUGACCACCCUCGAGCUGUCCAACUGCCAGGUGGAGCGCAUCGAGAACGAGGCCUUCGUGGGCAUGGACAAUCUCGAGUGGCUGCGGCUCGACGGCAAUCGCAUCGGCUUCAUCCAGGGCAACCACAUCCUGCCCAAGUCCCUGCACGGCAUCAGCCUGCACAGCAAUCGCUGGAACUGCGACUGCCGCCUGCUGGACAUCCACUCCUGGCUGGUCAACUACAACACUCCACUGGCCGAGGAGCCCAAGUGCAUGGAGCCGGCCCGCCUCAAGGGCCAGGUCAUCAAGGGCCUGCAGAGGGAGCAGCUGGCCUGCCUGCCCGAGGUGAGUCCGCAGUCGAGCUACACGGAAGUCAGCGAGGGGCGCAACAUGUCCAUCACCUGCCUGGUGCGUGCCAUUCCAGAGCCGAAGGUCCUGUGGCUCUUCAACGGCCAGGUGAUGAGCAACGACAGCCUGAUGGACAACCUGCACAUGUUCUACUACAUCGACGAGAGCAUCGGCAGCAGCGGGGCCGAGGAGAAGCGCAGCGAGAUCUUCAUCUACAACGUGGGCGCCGAGGACAAUGGCACCUUUUCCUGCGUGGGCCAGAACAUUGCCGGCACCACCUUCAGCAACUACACGCUGCGGGUGAUCAUCAAGGAGCCGCCGGUGGUCAACGAGGUGUCCUUUCCGCGCGACUACAUGAACUACAUUGUGGCCAGCAGUGCGGGCGGCGGCAUCAUCUUUGUGGUUCUCCUCUGCACCAUUGUGGUCAAGUGCAAGCGCACCUCGGAGCCGGCCAAGCAGCGCAAGAAGUGCGAGCAGGUGACGAGCAUUGCAGGCGGCACAGACUCCUCCGCGGGCAGCACCCAGGACACGGGCAUGGGCAUGAUGAAGUGCGCCUCGAUCCUCAACGAUGGCGGCGACAGUAUGACCGGGAACUCAGGCAUGCAUCUGGGGGACACGAUGACUCCGACAAAGGCCACCAAUGGCGCAGCUGGCGGUGGCAUUAUUCUGGGCGGACAAAUGAAGCAGAAUCUCCUGCUGUAUGCCACACCGAAUGCGGGACAGCAGCAGCUCCAGCUGAAUGUCAAUCUGAUGGGCAGUGGAGCAGGUUCGCCGCCACUGCUCCUGAGCAACGGGCAUGGCCUGGCGGCCGCCUACUGUUCGCCGCCCGCCUCCCUGCGCAACUACCAGGAGAAGAAUCCCGAUCUGGUCAACGAUGCCGAGAGCGUGAAGCACAAGCUGAAGGCGGCCGUCUCCCUGGACGGCACCGGGGACUACGAGACCUCCAGCGACUGUGGGCAGUACGAGGGCUGCUACCAGCUGGCCGCUGCUCAUCCCCAUCCCCAUCCCCAUGCCCAUCCCCACCAGCAUCCGCACGCGCAUCCACUGAUGGGACGCUUCACACAGGCCAUGACCACGCUGCCGCGGGGCAUGCAACUCAAGUCAGUGAUGGCGGGCACACAUCAGCCAGCGCCCCACCAAGUCGAUGUCCACCUCAAUCCGGUUUGUUUCUUGGGGCAGGAUGGCUUCGCCUACGACUACAGCAGCGCCCACUUGGUGCAGCAAUCGCCCCAGCAGCAGCAGCAGCAGCAGCAGCAGCAGCUGCAGCCAGCUGGACCGCAGCCUGCCGCCAACUUUUAUCGAACGCUGCCACACAAUCGGCUGCACAAGCAGCAGCAGUUCCAGGGCGCAGCGGCGCCCAACUCGAGUCUACGCUACAGCCUCGAGGCGGAGUUCAUCCAGCGCGGCCCUGUCAGCUAUGAGAAGUACCAGAUGCCCAAUGUACGAUUCACCGCCGAGGGCUAUCCGCAGCAGCAGCAACAGCAGCAGCAGCAGCAGCAGAUGCAGCUCCAGCAGCAACAGCAGUUCCCCUCUCCCCCGGAGGGCUAUAAGAGCGAUCUAGCGAUGCUGCCGGCUCCGUUCCAGCAGUGGCCCAGCUGUCUGCCCGGCUAUCGCUACGCCCAGUCACCCACCCAGGCAGCCAUCUCGCCCACACCACAAGCCCAAGCACAACCACCACCGCCUCAACCACCACCGCCGGCAGCAGCCACUGCAACAGCAUCGACCUCCACAGGGACUGGCACCAUUCCGGAGCUGGACGAGAGCGAGCCCAUCUCGCCGCGUCUGGAGGAAGCGUCCUCCGAAGCAGGGGCCAGUGCGAGUGGCAGUGGCAGUGCCGCGACGCCCCCAGACGCGGCUGCCACGGAGGAGGAGAGCGCCAGUGGAGACACCUCGAAGCUGAAGCACUUGAAUGGUCCCCUGGCAGACAGCCCCGACGAGGGCUAUGUGGGCGAUGGCCAGGAGACGAGCGACAUUUGACAAGGCCCCCCAAACGGUGGCCCCACGCCAGCUGAUGCUGCCUUAGACGAUUCAGUUGCUCUGUAAAUAGGCACGCUGAUAACAUAGAUACAUAGAUACAUACAAACAUAUACCUAAAACUCUACUCAAGACUUGCUUUGCUCCUCUGUUGUUUGUUUUGUUUUGUUUCCAUCGACCCACUGGGCCAACCAGCGCGCAAAGGAAGCAAACAAGAGGCAGAGACCGAAGUUUAACCUAAUAAUUGGCACAGCUAGAAAUGCGAAACCAAACAAAGACAAAGAAAACCCAAAGCAGAGGCAAACCGAAGGUUGAAUGCUCCUACCAAAGCAAGAUUUUUCCAUUUCCCACAACAUUCGGAGAGCGUAAAGUGUUCCAUGUAAAAUUUGCAUUGAAUUUUCGAUACGAAAUGGAUGAGUUCUGGAUUAUUUGGGUACUUUCUGGCAGGAGCAGCCCAGUUUGGGUUAGAGUAUGGAACAAUGGGCCUGCAGUGGCGGGGCCUAACCUAAUAAAGCCGAAAAACAAUGACGAGCCUCUAAACAAAAGGCUCUUGUCGCCGUUUGUUUGUCUCUGUUUGCCGCCUGCCGCCUGCCGCCUGCCGGCUCCUUGCUCCGUGCCUCGAGUGCCAGCCUGGCAGCGUUUUAUUUCCGCUGAUGUAAUUGAAAAACUUUUUCAUUUAAUAUAAAGUUUUCAGCAUCUUUCUCUGGGCUGCCUCGCAGCCAACAGCCAACACAAGCCACAUAAAGAACACAAAAAAGAGACUGGGAGCCAUAGAGAAGAGUGUCGAAGGAGAGCUUAGAAGGAAAUACAGGGCCUACGACUAGACAUGUGGAGUGUUUGUGGGUCUGUCGGCUUGUCGAUUGAGUUGUUCAUCCUCCAAUCCUCAUGCCUCCGGGUUCUCGUUGACAAUUGACUCAGCCAGAGUGCCUCAACCCCAUUCCAAUGGCAGCUCCAAGUCGGUGCCACACUUCAGAGGCAAGUGGCAUGUGUUUUCACCAUGGCGACACCUGACACAAAGGACUUGAGCCCAGCUGCAGCUGUGGCUCCACCUCCACCUCCGACUGGGAGCCUUUUGGCUCGAGUGGGACGCAGGAAGUCCGAGCAUGCUUCGGGGCCAGUCGAGUGUUCCGCACCGAAAAUCGCGAGUGGCAUUAAGGGUUUUCCCCUUUGUAGUGUGCUCUAGUUUAUGAAAUUUUAAUUUGGGCCACAUCCGCCCCUCCCCCUCCCCAAUGUUGCAUUUAAAUAAUUUAUGACAUUUAUUUUCUACUAAGCAAAGUCUUGAGAAACCUUUCCUGACCGAAUCUCGAAUGUUCGGCCCUGAGUUUCGGUAUAUCAAACGAGGCAGAGCAGAAGUGAGUUCUUCACAAGUGUUUCCGGGUAACAUCCACAGCAGAUAUCGUAAAUUAGUACUUAAACAAAGUGUCUAACUAACUAAAUGUAGCUCUAGAAUGGCCAUUCAAAUGCCCGGCACACAAAGCCGCUCCCAGGCCGAGGGGGAUGACUUUGAGGAGCAGAAAAAACAAUUAGCAAUACCAAAACAGCAUAUGAGAGGGAGAGCAGAAGAAAGCAAUCAUUUAAGCACAGUAUGGAAUAAUGUAAAUUGCAUAAAUGAAUCAUUAGAUCUAAGGACUAUACACUAAACACUCACUCACUCACUCACCCACUCACUCGCUGACAGAGGAAGGAAGUUUUAUGUUCACCCAAACCCCUGCACCCUAAGGAAUAUAGCAAGAGAAACUAAAUUUAGAAAACAAAAUUUUAGCCUAGAAAAAAGCAGUAAAAAUUGUUGAAAUCUCGACACAAAGAACACACACAGAGCCACAACACACAAAGAAAAAUAUGUAAGAGAAGAAUUUGCUGGCAGGCUUCUGGCAUCUGCCCAAAAGGUAAAAAAAUAAUUUUAAAUAUUCUACCACAUAAA